ACCGGGGAUAAGUACCCUAUAAAACACCUCUUUCGUUCUCACAAAAUCCGUCUGUAUUUUCACCCAGCAAUCCUAAUUACCAUGGACAAUUCUACUACUAGUUUUCGUUCUCAAAACCAUGAUUAUCAUCAACAGCGACGAAGAAGCCCUAAAGCGAAAGGUAGAAGAAACCCUAGAAUCGAUUCGGAAGAAGAAUUUUCGUUGUCAGAUAAUGAUGAUGUAAUUGGAGAAGCAGCUUUAAAUUGGUUAGAUUACUAUUCCAAAUAUGAUGGAUCUGCUGUUCAUCUGUGUUCUAGACGACCUGGAGUUCAUCUUCAGCCUAUCUCUAAUCGAAACCCUAACCAUCGUCACCGACCUUCCCCAUUACAAGUGAGAGAAGGCAAGGAAAAUACGAGUUCUGUUACCACUGCUAUGCGUCAAAGUCUCCGAGUAGCAGCCAAUGGCGCAACUAAAACCACUGACAAAAGAUACUGUGCUACUCUUGAACAGGCUAUUGAUGCAAAAACCCGCAUGGUGUUGUUGAGAAUGCUGAAUUGUGCAAUAUUUGAUGACAUUAAUGGCUGCAUUUCUACUGGGAAACAAGCCAAUGUUUAUCAUGCGACAAAAUAUGAUGGUCAAGAAUUUGCAGUAAAGGUUUACAAAACUUCAGUACUAGGAUUCAAGGACAUGGAUUGUUAUAUACAAAGGGAUUGUCGUUUUAGGCAUGGUUACUGCAAGCACAAUCCAUGGAAAGUCGCUAAGACUAGGGCAGAAAAAGAAAUGAGUAACCUUAUGAGGCUAAAGGCAGCAGGGAUCAGGUGUCCAUCUCCAAUACAUUUGAAGCUUCAUGUGUUGGUCAUGGAAUUCAUAGGAAAAUCAGGGUGGGCUGCUCCUCGUCUCAAGGAUGCAAAUCUAUCUGAAGACAAGAUGGGUGAUUGUUAUGUUCAGAUUAUUAUGGUGAUGCGAAAUUUAUACCGAAAGUGCAAACUGGUGCAUGGAGACUUGAGCGCAUAUAAUAUACUCUAUUACGAGGGUAACUUGCACAUUAUCAACGUUUCCCAAUCUGUUGACUUUGACCACCCUCUUGCGUCAGACAUCUUACGUGAAGAUUGCAUUCGUGUUUCUGAUUUUUUCAGGAUGAAUGGCGUGGGAGUUAUGACCAUGUGGGAACUGUUUUAUUUCAUAGUAGAUUCAUCUAUUACUGAUGAAUCUGUGGAAUGUUAUUUAGAAAAGAUGCAACAGAACAUUUCGUUUAGGGAUAGUUUGAUGUCUGUGGAGGAUUGGAAGAUGUUAAGGACGCUUGGUCAACAGAAGGACGCCGAGGAGGAUGUUGACAGGAUCACAGGUUGCCAGGAUGCCGUAGAUUUGACAUUUAUAAUUCCAGAAUUCGAGCACUCUCUUUUGCCAGCUCCAGAACAGUUGCAGUUACUAACGCAGCCAAAUAAAUGGGACAUGGACAAUAUCUUUGAACGGACGGACAUCUCAACCAGCAGUGGAACAGAAUCCGGAAUAGAUGAAGAUGACGAUUCUAGUGAUACACAGGAGACACUCCCUGCAGCUCGAAAAAAGAACAAGAGAGAAUGUGCUUCUGUUGAACAGGCCAUUGACAUUGAUUCAAGAACUCGUAUGGUGUUGUUCAGAAUGAUGAUACAAGAAAUAUUUGAUGAGAUUAAUGGCUGCAUUUCUGCUGGGAAACAAGUCAAUGUCUAUCUUGUGUCAAAACGUGAUGGUCAAGAAUUCGCAGUAAAGGUCUAUAAAACUUCAGGAUUCAAGGGUUUUAUGCAGGGUGACUGCAAGCAGGAUCGCAGAAAAAUGAUUAAGACUAGGGCAGAAAAAGAAAUGAGGAACCUAGUGAGGCUAAAGGAAGCAGGGAUCAAGUGUCCAACUCCAAUACUUUUAACGCUUCCUGUUUUGGUCAUGGAAUUCAUAGGAAAAUCUGGGUCGGCUGCUCCUUGUCUCAAGGAUGCAAAUCUAUCUGACGACGAAAUGCGUGAAUGUUAUGUACAGAUUAUUAUGGAGAUACGAAAUUUAUACCAAAAGUGCAAACUGGUGCAUGGAAACUUGAGCGAAUACAAUAUACUCUAUUACGAGGGUAACUUGCACAUUAUUGAUUUUUCCCAAUCUGUGGACCUUGACAACCCUCUUGCGUCUGACAUCUUACGUGAGGAUUGCAUCCGUGUUUCUGAUUUUUUCAAGAUGAAUGGCGUGGGAUGUACGACUGUACGUGAACUACUCGAUUUCAUAGUAGAUUCAUCUAUUACUGAUGAAUCUGUGGAAUGUUAUUUAGAAAAGAUGCAACAGAAAAUUGUGGCUAUGGGAAAUGUGUUCCCCGCGGAUGAUAAUGCUGCAGAUUGUAUUUCUGAGAAGCAGCCAAAGGAAUCAGACACAAAUGGUACCUCUACUGAACAGAAGAACAACUUUGGAGCCGUAUCUGGGACAGAUGAGGGGCAGGAAGAUUAUUCUAGUGAUUCAAAAGGAGUAGAGCCUUACGAUAUUACACAGGAGGCGCUCCCCGCAGACAAAAAGGCAGCUCGAAAAAAGAACAAGAAGAAAGUCAAAGAAGGGAACAAGAAGGCUCCGGAGAGUACACAGGGGACACUCCCUGCAGACAAAAAAGCAGCUCGAAAAGAUCACAAAAAGAAAGUCAAAGAAGAGAGGAGAGAGGUUCGCAAGAGUUUAACUUUACAAGAUGCGAAGAAAAAAAAGAACUGGGUAGGUAAUAUUAUUAAUAGGUUCCCCUAAUUUAUAGGAUUAGCAUAGACUAAGAUGCUUCUCCUGGAAAAUAACAGUAUGUUAUGCCUGUUGGUGUAUUGAUUUUAAAAUAUACUGCUAGUAGUUGAGGAAUGCGUUUGCUAGUAGUUGAGGAAUGCGUCUAAUAUCUGUAACUAAAUUAUGAAGUCUCCAGUCUAGGUUGAAGCUUCCAUUAUUAACUGCGUCUGCAACUAUCUUUGAGUCUA